AUGAUUUUACAAGUGUAUAUCACAACACUUUAUAGGUUUAUGAAAAGUGAAAAGUCAAAAGGAAAGGCCGGUCCAUUAAAAAAGGCACAGAAACCUGCAAAAGUGAUAGAAAAGAAGAAACAUAAGAAGACAAAAAAUAAGCCAGUGACAGAUGAAGAUGGAGGAAGUGACGACAGUUCUGAAGAAAUCAAUGUAAUAGAGGUGGAUGUGAAAAAAAAGAAAAAAGAAAUUGAAGCAGAAAUGAAAAAGAACAAGGAAGCAGUAAUGGCAUCCAGUCAACAAGUUGCAGCUUCAUUAUUUUCCCAGAAAACGGUAGUUACUGCCAAUGUAGAUUCAAUUAAUGCCUAUUCCUUUGAACAGCAGUCUGCAUGCCCUACCACCUCAUCUGCCUUUCCUCAAAACACAUCUACUUCUUCAAGCACUGAAACCCUAUCACCUUCACUGUCUCAUUCUGCAACCAAAGAGAGUCACAAAAUGGCAGCUGAACUGUCUGGCUAUGAAGCCCCAAAACCCUCUGCCUCCCCAAAACCCUCUUCCUCUGAAAUUCCAUUUCCACAUAUUACCACACCCCUUUCCAGUUCUACAACCCAAGAAACGAUCACUUCAUCAGCUUCCCCUCAACCUUUAUACUCUCAUUCUAUAUAUAGGCCAUACUGGAAUCAACCAUACACUAGCGCUUUUUCUAGGACGUCUGACUACACUGAGGAUAAUCAGUGUCCGGAUAGAGGAGGAGUUCUUGGUAACAACCAGUCAGCUGGUCAACUUCUUGACAUCAGUAGCAACUGCUCUUUGAAUGAGUCAGAAUUUAUGACACGUUCAAUAAAUGUUAUUGAUGGAGAAGUUGAUAUGGCAAGGUCAUCAACACCAAGAUCUCCUUCACCGGUUGAAACCAGUUUGGCCACUACUUCAGACCUGUCAGGCAUGCCUAACUCCUCCCCUACAGGCAGCAAAGUGGCCCCAACAAUAGGUUGCUUUGAUUGCGAUCUUAAAGAUCAAAUUAUUAAAGACCUAAGGGCUGAAAUUUAUCAGCUGAAACAGACAUUGAAUGAGUCUGCUAAGGUUCCAAAUACUGCCCAGCAGAGAAAAAGGAAGUAUCAACCAAAAACAAGACCAGAUGUACAAAUGGCAGAUUAUGUAUGUAUAAUCAAGUUUGUGUUUUAUUAUGUGACCUGA